GCGUUCCAUGCCGAAACGCCGAGCAACGAGCACGCCGGCUUGAGAAGCAGCGCAAGGGGAAGCGGCGUGCAGCUCGUGGCGGGCCUCGAGGCAGGCAUCGUCACCAUGCUCGUUCCGUCGGACAUGAUGGGCGCCCAGUCCAAGCUUCUCUACCAGCUGAACAAGUUCUACGGCGAGCGCGUGCAGACUCGCAAGGCGGGCGUCGCCAAGACAUUGCGCGAGGUGUGCCGCGUUGUGCAGGACGUGCUCAAGGAGGUCGAGGUGCAGGAGCCGCGAUUCAUCUCCUCGCUGAACGACUGCAACGGCCACUACGAGGGCAUGGAGGUCAUCUCGCCCACGGAGUUCGAGGCCGUGCUCUACCUGAACCAGAUGGGCGUGUUCAACUUCGUGGACGACGGCACGCUGCCCGGCUGCGCCGUGCUCAAGCUGAGCGACGGCCGCAAGCGCUCCAUGUCGCUCUGGGUGGAAUUCAUCACCGCUUCCGGCUACCUCUCGGCUCGCAAGAUCCGCUCGCGCUUCCAGACGCUCGUGGCGCAAGCGUGCGACAAGUGCAGCUACAGGGACAGCGUCAAGAUGCUGGCCGACACGAGCGAGGUGCGGCUGCGGAUCCGCGAGCGAUACGUGGUGCAGAUAACGCCAGCGUUCCGCUGCGCCGGACUGUGGCCCCGGUCGGCGGCCCACUGGCCCGUGGCGCACAUACCGUGGCCCAACCCGAACCUGGUGGCCGAGGUGAAGGCCGAAGGGUUCGACCUGCUCUCCAAGGAGUGCGCCACCCUGCAGGGCAAGCAGUCGUCCAUGGAGGGCGACGCCUGGGUCCUCAGCUUCCUCGACGCCGAGAACAGGCUCCUCUCGGGGGGCUGCCGCCGGCGAUGCCUGAGCGUGCUCAAGACUCUGCGGGACAGGCACCUGGACCUGCCGGGAAACCCGGUGUCCGCGUACCACCUCAAGACGCUGCUGCUGUACGAGUGCGAGAAGCACCCGCGAGAGCUGGAGUGGGACGACGCGUGCCUCGGAGACCGUCUCAACGGCAUCCUGCUGCAGCUCAUCUCGUGCCUGCAGUGUCGCCGCUGCCCCCACUACUUCCUGCCACACCUGGACCUCUUCAAGGGAAAGUCGGCAGGGGCGCUCGAGAACGCGGCCAAACAGACGUGGAGGCUCACGCGAGAGCUGCUCACCAAUCCCAGGUCGCUGGAAAAGCUCUGAACUGACGCUGCUGAUACGCAGGCGGCGCCGUUGAGCUUGCCGAUUUGUGGAUACUUAAGAGCCUGUGAUCGUGCAAUUCGCCAGUCCUACAGACAGUGCACGCUCCCUUUGCGGAGAGCGAUUCGGAAACUCUCGAAACUGCAGUGCCCGACCGGUUUCGCGUAUACUCGGACCGAGCGCAGCGUCCCGGAUUGCGGUGGCCACGCGUGUUGCACACCAACGGUGUCUCCGCGAGUCUGCGGGUGGGCCAUCAAAAUGCGACGGUGGCCAUACGUCCAGCAGCGCUGUGUGCGAGUGAUGGCCACUUCGCGGAUGCAGUGAUACAGACCUUGAACGGACGAAGGCGACAUGGGGAAUGACAUCACUCUCUGUUGCGGCCCGACACUUCAGAGUAUAGUCGCUCUGCACGCCCCCUGUAGGUAUUUAUUGUGCUAUAGAUGUAUGCAUACACAUAGGUCUCUCGCCAGACUAGUCCCCGUAAAGCCCGAUAGUUUUAUCAUGCAGGUCACCGAAAGAGGUCGCACGUGGCGACGUCCAGUGUCUGCAGUGCAUGUCAUUUCUGGGCUGUCUUCGACUGUCAUUCUUAACAGAAAUAAAAAGCGACGACGAUGCCACGCAAUAGCCGAGUCAGUGCACUGGGAUAUUCCUAUAGUGACGCAAAACGAACUAUGGCUGCCCUUGGCCGAGAGAUUAACCAGGCUCCUUAACGUGUGAUUGACAGCAUUACUUUAGCAAAAAACAUGUGAGACAAACACAUGUCAGGCCAAGUCUUGUAAUGCCGAAGGAAUAGUCGCUAUAGCUUAUAACCUGCAUCAAUUUGACGCAAAGAUGAUUAUGAAUUCACAGGCGCGCGAUCGUAAGCGUGCUUGCAUGUACAGCUAUAGGCCUGGGUAAAAUCAAGUUCCUCUGCGCAUGCUGCAGUGUAAGAGAACGAUUCAGAAAUCAAUGUGCAGAAACCAAGUUGCACUGAAAAACGUAUACUCUCGUUUAGAUGUGGCAACAGAAAAAUGCUGGCCAUCAACUGACGGCGAGUUAUCACAAGCCCACAGACUUCAUGCAGCGACAAUUAACCCAUUCGGCACGCGUAUAAUUUCAUUUACCUUUUGCGACUAUGUGCUGCGAAUCUAUAACGUUCAAAACAUUAUAGUUGAACGAGAAAAUGACGCACCUGAAGCUAUAGCUGGACGCGUUCACAUUUGAUACGACCAGCCGUUAAACCAUUUUGACGAGUCACCCUCGACAUGAACAAGCCGCCGAGAGCCUGUCAGUCAGACUGCAGCCAACAACAUCAGAAAUCGGCAACAAUGUCUGGCUUUAAUUCCUUACUUCAUAACCGCUUCGCUAUACGUGCCAGCGCUGGGGUCGCAAGCAUGAAGCUUUCAGGAACAGUCCACAUUAGACGUGUCAUUGUUUUGACGGGCUCAGCGUGCGCAUGUGAAACACGCGCGAGACGUGACUCAAUCUAAACAGCGCGGAUUAAUUUUUCCUUAAACAAGGGCGAAACGUUGACAUUUUUCCGUGUACGCUUGCAAGCGUCUCAUUUCCGAACGAGUUAGAUGAAAGUGAAGGCUUGUAUUUUUCACGAGUGUCGGAUAUUAGUUCGUUUCCCUCGACCUAUAUACGCCAAUUCAGACUCUCGGACCAAAUUACGUUCGUAUAUAUACGUGAGCGAACCGUGCAUGACGUGGCUGUUGCGAACUCUCUCCGGAACUAAUACGCCAAUAUGUCGCUUUUCCUUUACAUCGAACAGUGAUGUAGACGCAGUCUUCACAGACUAUACCACGAAGGUGAAUGCCACAGCUCAAUGCACAAAAGCUCUCGUCCGUUACCUAUAUUCCUCUUCCGUCUUCUCGCUUGUAACAGAAUGAAUGUGUCAUAUAUACAUGCGCGGCAAGGCAGACAUUUGCGAGUAGACAUAUAGCAGGCAUUCUUGUAAUUCCGUACAGGGGUCCCGUAUGUAUAUGUAGUUUACGUAACACCGUAGAAUGUAAAUACCGAUGUAUGCCUGUAUACGUCUCUCUCGUCGUGCAAGCUUGCAUUCAAAGGCCAAGGGAAAACAAAGUGUGCAACACCUUUUGUUCAUUGUUGUCUUGACAUGUCUUGUAGUGUUGGCAUAUUUAGUAUUUGUUGUGAGAUUAAAAAAAAAGGAUAUACCAUUAAUUGACAAAUAAAAAUCGCUGUACUAUUGAAUAA